AUGACGGCAAUGCACACAUCUAGCAACAAUGGACACCACACUAAGGAACCCCCACUUUUUCCCGUCAUUCAUAUGGAUAUAAAUAGCCUAAAGAGACUUCCAGCUUUCGAUGAACCAAUCAAUCAAGUUCAAAAAAGGAUACACGAACACCAAAACACCCAGCACCGCGGAAAUCCCCCACAGAAUAUCCAGAGGUCUGCUUCCUUUAUUCAAAAUAAAAACAUUCAAAUUCAGCAAAAUACUGCUCUGCAUCAAAUGGUACAACCUGCUUCAAAUCACAUUCCUCUGGCUGUAAAUAUUCGGCCACCUGCAGUAAUGAACUCUGCUUCGCACUUCAUGCCCCAUAAUCCAGUAGUGAAGACACAAAGUGGCCCUGCCAUCUUGCAGCAGGUCAAUAAUAGAGUACCAAUGAUAAGUCAUCAAGUAACUCGUGUUCCACUGGCCAAUAAACAACCUGCAUUUCAUCCUCCUAUGGUCAUGACCCCUGCAAUGAGUGGAAAGAAUCGAGUAAAUCCAAGCAUAAUGAUUCAAAACCCAUCUCGUCCUCAAGCACAACCAAUCCUUAACCAACCAAUCAAUAUUCAAUCAGUUCCUUUAAACAUGAAUCAAGUACCUUUGAACACGAUACAAGGACAACUCCCAAACUUUCCUCUGAUGGGAAUUAAUACAAUUCAAAAUCAACCCUUACUAAUGCUCCAAAGACCAGUUAUUGUGAAUUCAGUGCCACAAAAUGUUCAAUUGAUCCAGAGUCCUAUUGCAAAUGGUCAACCCCUUAUGGGACCCGUUAACGUACAGGUUCCUACAAUGCAAAACAAACCAAUGUCUCUUCCUCAACUUGUUUUCACUAAUGGAAUCCUUAAUCAAAUAGUUCCUAAACAGAAUCCUAUUGCAGCUACACCGAAACCAAAUACGUUAUUUUCUCGUGCUCCGAUUGUAGAGAAACCCAAACAGUCUGCCAGCAUACAAACUCAAACCGGAAGCAGUAAUACGGAUCGCAAAAUUCCGCAAGUUGUUGUUCAUCAGUCAGGGAAUAGUUUCAAGGCGCCUUCUAUUUUGUUGAAAAAUAACAAAGUCGAAAACUUAAACAUCGCCAGCAAACAUCCUGCCCAGGAAAUUCAAGAGCCAAAGACAAAAACCUCAAUCGACAUAAAAAGCGCAAUGAAACAGAAUACUGCCUUAACAAGCGUAAACAAAUCUUUAAUGAAAAUGGUUCUUGAUAAACUUAAACAUACUACAAUGGACAUGCUAAAAGGACGACUUAACAAAAUGAUUUCAGGAAACACACAGCCAAGUGGUCUCUCACUGAAAACAAAUUCAAUAGUAAACACGGCUUCAAGACUUUCUAAUUCACCCUUACAAUUAAUGGGAAAAACACCUGGUAAUCUAGGUGUUCUUAGUGGAUUUCCUACUUCGCUGGAUCCAAAACGAGUUUCAGUGUCAUUUAAUCCAGCUUCGAGUCAGAAGAUCAAUGCUCCCAAGGCUACAAAUCCUCCAAGAACGAUAGAGAUUGUCCAACAGAACUUAAAUCGAACCAUGCCAAAUAACAUGACUCUAGAGCCUUUCACAGCAACGACGCACAAAAAGAAUGGGAAGAUGAGCAUCCUGUUAACAUCCAAACACACCGGAAGUCGACCAAUCCUAAUCGAGGCAGCUACAGGUAAUAUUCUUGUAUCACACGUAAAAGGCCCGGAUGGAAAUGCACAGUUUGUCAUUCAGCAUGCACGUGAAGCAACGCCAUCUAAUGUUUCCACCGCUACUUCCUCCUCAACAACACCAGCUGUUACAGAAGAAGUCGAAGUCGAGGCUGAGGAUAUCAUUACAACCUCUACUUCUACAACGUCAUCUACUUCAACAGCAGUACCUACAACAGUGCUUACAGGAUUCAACAGCGUCACUACAACCUCGAUUCCUGUGGGGCGGUGA